AUGGAUCAAGAGAAUCACACAGUGGUGACUGAGUUUUAUUUUUCUGAUUUCCCUCAGCUUGAGAAUGGGGGUAUUUUAUUGUUCAUUCCUUUGCUCUUCAUUUAUAUGUUCAUCAUUAUUGGAAAUUUUAUCAUCUUCCUAGCUGUCCGGCUGGAUACACGUCUCCACAAUCCCAUGUAUAAUUUCAUCAGCGUCUUCUCCUUUCUGGAGAUUUGGUACACCACAGUGACCAUACCUAAGAUGCUCUCCAACCUAGUCAGUGAACAGAAAACCAUCUCCUUUAUUGGCUGCCUUCUGCAGAUGUAUUUCUUCCACUCUCUUGGGGUCACAGAAGCACUAGUACUGACAGUGAUGGCCAUUGACAGGUAUGUUGCUAUCUGCAAUCCCCUACGCUAUGCAGUUAUUGUGACCCCUCGGCUGUGCCUCCAGCUCUCCACUGGCUCUUUCAUCUUUGGCUUCCUUAUGUUACUUCCAGAGAUUGUGUGGAUUUCCACCCUUCCCUUCUGUGGUCCCAACCAAAUCCAUCAACUCUUCUGUGACUUUGAACCUGUGCUUCAUUUGGCCUGUACAGACACGUCCAUGGUUCUAGUGGAGGAUGUGAUCCAUGCUAUUUCCAUCCUGACUUCUGUCUCCAUCAUCACCCUUUCCUAUUUAAGAAUCAUCACUGUGAUCCUGAAGAUUCCCUCAGGGGAGAGCCGUCAGAAGGCUUUUUCCACGUGUGCUGCCCACAUUACUAUUUUUGUGCUGUUUUUUGGCAGUGUAGGCCUCAUGUACCUUCGCUUCUCAGUGACUUUCCCUCAGUUACUGGACAAAUCCAUUGCACUGAUGUUUGCUGUCCUUGCUCCAUUUUUCAACCCUAUAAUCUAUAGUCUAAGGAAUAAAGACAUGAAGGAUGCCAUCAAGAAAAUUCUCUUUUCUCACAAGAUGUUUAAUGAUUCUAGGAGUUAG